UGCUCCCCUUCUCCUCCCUUCCCUUCCCUUCCUCGACUUCACCUCACCACCAUCUCCAGCUCCAUCCGCACGCAGCCGUUUACCAACCGACGCAGCGAGGAGAUGAACGCGUCGCAGUUCAUGGACAAGCAGAUCCUCGGCCUGGCUGCCUCCGCUUCCCCCUCCGGCGGCGGCGCGGGGGGCGGUGGGGGUGUGGAUCUCAGCGAUCUGAUGAUACCGAUCCCCCAGGAGGACGCCGAGAACCGCCUCGGUCGCCGGCGUAGCAGCACCAGCGUCAACGGAACCGCAGACGACAUGCUACCCAGUUAUGACUUCCAGCCCAUCCGCACUAGUGGCGGCGCCGCGGCCGCCGCCGCGCCUCAGGCCUCGUGGGGGUCGCUCGACUCCAAGGCACCCUCUGCCUCAUACAACCUCAAGAGUGCUGGUAUAUUGGAGCCGCAUGUGCUGAAGAAAGUUAGUCAUGAGGAAGACAAGAGUAACUUUCCUACAGUUACUAUUGCGGAUAUUGAUCGAACCAUGAAGAAGUACUCUGAUAACCUUUUGCAUGCACUGGAAGGUGUAAGCUCAAGGCUUUCACAGAUGGAGGGUAGAACACACCAACUCGAAAACUCUGUUGACGAGUUGAAGUUAACAAUCGGUAACUAUAAUGGUAGCACUGAUGGAAAACUGAGGAACCUUGAGAACAUGCUCAGGGAGGUCCAAGCAGGUGUGCAGAUUUUGCGAGACAAGCAGGAAAUUGUCGAGACACAGCUCCACCUUGCGAAGCUCCAGACAAACAAAACCGAUGGCCAAUCAUCAGAAAAUAGUGGGUCUGGACAGGCUGGUUUACAGCAGCAGCCGGUGGUUCCUCCACAAGCAGCCAUUCAGCCACAACAAGUCCUAACCCCUUCGCAACCACCUGCACUUCCUGCCCUUCCUGCUCCAAAUGCACCACCUCCACCUCCAACGCUUCAAAACCAAUCAUCAUUACAGUUUCCAAGUCAUUUACAACAUUCACAGGUACCAUCUGUGCCUUCUGUUGCACUGGCACCCACAGUUCCAGCUUUACCAAGGGAUGCUUACUAUGCCCCAUCUGCUCAGCCGACCGAGACCAUGCACCAGCAGUAUCAAGCUCCGCCAGUUCCACAGCCACAGGCACCUCCUGCACCACCUCAGCAGUACCAAUCCCAAACCCAGUUCCCUCAAUAUGCACAGCCACCUCAGCCUGCAAAUGUUAACCCUUCAACUCCCCAUGUGCCCCAUGCACCCCAGCAACCAGAGGAAACUAUGCCUUAUGCACCAGCUCAGAGCUAUCCACCUAAUGCAAUCGCUGCACCUUAUAUGCAACCACCUAGUGGACCUGCUCCUCCUUACUAUGGGCAGCAAAACCCUAGCAUGUAUGAACCUCCUGCAGGCCGGGCUAACCCUGGGCCACCAUCAUCCUACGGUUCUGGUGGGUACGGGCCACAGGGUGGAGGUAGUUUCUCUGAAUCUUAUGGUUACACUGGAUCUCCUUCCCACCGUGGCAAUGCUGGAAUGAAGCAGUCUUCACCUUUUGCUCAAUCCUCUGGAGGAAGCGGCAGCUAUGGCAGUGGCAAGCUCCCUACUGCCCAGAUGCUUCCACAAGCAGUGCCGAUCAGCUCCUCCAGCACCAGCGGUUCUUCUGGCAAUAGAGUGCCACUUGACGAUGUAGUGGAGAAGGUUGCUACGAUGGGAUUCUCAAGAGAGCAGGUGAGAGCAACCGUGCGGAGGCUGACUGAAAACGGGCAGAACGUGGACCUGAAUGUGGUGCUCGACAAGCUGAUGAACGGAUGAUAAGUUGAGCAAUACUGUCAUUUCACAGUCCCGCACAGUACUAUGGAAACUUGGAAAGUGUCAGCUCAUCAGCUGAAACGAUUUUUCUGUCUGCAACGUUGCAUACCUGAUUGUGCCUGGAGAACAAUAAUGGCCGAACAGCCGCUCAUCCUGAUUGCCGGUCACGGUUGCUUCAUCUGGAAUGGAAACAGCUCAGUGUGCCUUCAGUGAAUUACAGUAUCACAAUCUGAAUACGUUGUCCAUUUUAUGUAUAUGUGGCGAUGAGACAUUCUAAAACAUAUACUGUGGUUUCUUGUGAUAUGUUAAUAAGCAGCUUUACUCUGUU